GUCGCGCUGAGGAAAGUUUUCGAUUUCGACUCCUUAUUGAGGCGAGCGCAAUGUCAGGGCAGCCGACUCAGGUGGUGGUGGCCACGGAAACCCUUCCUCCCGGCACCUGCACCGUCUGCAGGAGAGGCAAAAUCAAGAACAAGGCGUCGUGCUGCACCUGGAUCACGUGCCUGUUGCUGCUGCCGUUCGGCAUCAUCCCGGGCAUCAUCGCCUUCUGCUGCUGCUGCCGGGAACCCAAGUGCACCCACUGCGGCUACACGCCCUAGUCCGCCCUAGUCUCCUCUCCUCCCCUCCCUUCGCAGAUGCCUUCACAAAGGCUUCCCACCCUUACGUUUUCCUCAAGGCUGGAACGGAGCUGAAGUGCGGGCAGUGAAAGUCAUGGCGGGGCGAGAAAAAGCAGUUGGUUGCCGCUUUCUUUACGUCUGGUAUUGAGUGAUAAAAGAGUCUUUUGCAUUUUUAAUCCUUCAGAAAAUAAACAUAAUAAUAAUUGGUUGUUUUUGGCCUCCCCAUAAUUGCAGGCAAAUUCAUAGCUGUUGAAGUAGCGUUGUAUUUUUAUACAGUGAAAUUCUUUUAUUUUGAGAGAAAUGAUUCUUUUCUUUGUGGAGUAGACACUGUGGCAGAUUCGUUGAGCAUUUAAUUUUUGUUUUAUUUGUGGGGAAAUCGUAAGGCAUUUUGGUGCAUUUAAUAAUACAAGGGUUACUGAAAGUUUGUGAAUGCUCUGUGUUGUGUGUAGUCAGUCCUCUAUAAAUCAUAUUGAAAUAAUGCUUUAUUUCUGUUGUGUAUGAGCUAAGGAGUUUCUAUGAGUUUCUACAAUUUAAUCACUUCGGGAAUUAUAGCACUAUACCUGUAAUGUGAGUGCAUAUGUUUCAUAACCUUUAUUUUGAAUACUUUUAUUACUAGUAUUUUUGCAACACCAGGCAUAUUUUAGCUUGAUAUAAACUGUAUCUCAAUUAGAUUUUUUGUACUCUUCAGCAUUUUACACAUCAUGUUAAUUACCUAAAUAUUUGUAAUAGCAUUGUUUAUAUUCCAAGGAAUUUCAUUUUAUUAAAACAUCUUACAGUUA